GAUCCAGGACCAAUCCAACCUGGGCUGCCUGGCGUUAUCCAGCGAGAUCAGGCCCAGGCGACCUCCACCCUUACAGGCCCACUCCAGCGGCAGGGGCCUUGACCUGGGACACCUUCCAUGGUUGUUGUCAUUGCACCCGUCUCUAGUUUCAUUUUGCAGAGUGCGAAUGUGGUUUGGCCGGUCGCUGUAACUAACAUUCUCCUGUGUCUAUUGUUGCUUACCUCUGGCCGCAGUUCCAACCUCUUCCACUCUUUUUGUACCUACUUUGGCCUUCACUUUUCUGCUUUGACGGCGUUGUCAGGGCGGCAUCCCCUCCUUUUCAGCUUAGUUUUUUGGCGAUGGUCCACUGAAUUGCGACUUCCCAGGUCGCGCCUUGGAACAAGCUCUGGCUUGUUUUCCUGGCAAAACAGACGCUGCGUUGCUUCUUCCCCAGAUCAGAGAGAGAGAAGGUGUGUGCCCAGGCCAACGGCUGCGGCUCCGUCCCAUCUUUUCGCAGCUGAUCUACACCCAAUUGCAGCUUGUCCGCGAGAACAAAACGGAGACGACUGGCAACCAAGUAGCAACGCCAUUGUUGUGGACCGUGUCGCCGAGGACUGGCUGCUGCCCGCAGCGCCGCCGACCGAAACGCCAACGCCGACCUUACCGUGUCCCUCUCCCCCAACAUUACCGAACCCGGCCCGUUCGAAUUGGUCGGCUGCGUCGAGUUUUUCCCACCGUAUUGGAAAGGGCAUUCGAGGUCGAGCGUGGUCGCUCGAUUCUCCGGUCGGGCGUUCCAAAGCUGCGACUGCAAAACGCGCCUGCAGCGCUUCGCAUUCCACAACCCUCGCAGCUCGGCAUUUUCUGCCCCGAAAAGUCCCCUUCUCUUUGUGAUGCCCUGACGAUGCGAAUCACGACUCUCACGAUUACCGAAUUCCCGUUCGCCCCUCUUAUCUUCCACGGCUGCUUGCCGUAGACUCAAUCGCCCGCGGCCAGGAUGCAAGCCGUGCCGAGUGUAAGUCUAAGUUCCCUUGUUGGGCCUUGGGCAGCAACCCAAACCGAGGAUACAACGGAAGCUUGGCUGGACUGGAUUUGUCCUCUUCCAUCCAACAC